UUUAGCAUGUGAUGUUUUGUGAAAAGUGUUAAUUUUUUAAGGAAAAUAUCAAAAAUAUGUGUAUCGUGUAGUGUAGAAAAGUGUUAAAAAGGGUUCUGUGACUGUUACGGACUGUGUUUUAUGUAUAAACAGCAUCAAUUAAUCCAAAGUAAUAUUAUAUGGAUAAAGCCGUCACUUGAGGUGGUUAUAAGACAUGGAGUCACAUGUUUUAAAUGUGUAUCAUCAUGCUCGUUAUCGCACAAUAGAUCAUAAGAUUAUGCGUACAACAAGUGAGUCGCUAUCAUCAGAAGGUAGCUGUGACCAAAAUAGUCCUGAAUACUCACAGGAUCAGGCAUCCAGUCAACAUGAGGAAAGUAAUGAAGGAGGGUAUUGGAACAGUCAAAACAGAAAUUUGUGGAGCCAAAAUCAGAAGAUAAAUAUAACUAAAAGCCAUGAUUCAAGUAUAGAUGAGGAAGAAAUUGAUGUUCAAGAAGUAUCCAUAGAUGAGAGAAUUGAUUCAUCUGAUAAUGAGGCAGAUUCAGCUGAAGAUACCUCUCUUGUUGAAGGUGCAGAUUAUGAUGUUAUCCAGGUAUUUGCUGUUGACCCAGAUUUAGAUUUGGAAGCUUCCUCUGAAGAUGAAGAACAAGAACCAGAACAAGAUGAUGAAGAACUUGAAGAUGAAGAAGAAUACCUAAAUUCGGAUGAUAAAUCCAAGUACACAGAGACUGAUAAUUCCGUUUUGUACCAACAAAACCCCACAGAUAAUAUAUGUGAAGGUAGUUUAGACAUUAAUUUAGAUACUUCUAUAGUUUCAAAUGUUGAUGAAUAUUUUAUAGAGGAGAAAGAUAUAUUGGCUGUUAAAGAUGAGCCUGUUGUUAAAGAUGUUGAUGAGUAUUUCAUUAAAAAUGUCAAAGAACUUACACAACCUACUAUUGACGAAGAUUUCUUAAUACCUGAGAAGUUGCCAGAUGAAUCAGACUUUCGGAUACAAAAAAAUGUCCCCAAUGUUGAAGAAUUUUUUGCAGUUGAUCAUAAUGAUGAUAAAAGCGAAAUUAUUAAAGUAAUUAUUCCCGAUCCAGAAACAGAAAUAGAGCCAGAAUUGCCUAUUAAUGAAACAGAUCUUGCGGGCUUGCCUAAUAUUGAAGAUUUAAAAAGAUAUCUGUUAGAAGAUAUGCCAUAUAACAAGUUGAAAAAUGCUCAAAGAUCAUGCAGCGUACCUCAUUCACCAAUGCAUAAUCUUUGUUUAGAUAUAGAUUCUAAAACUUGCUUAAGCUUUGAAGAUUUGAAUCUUGACUUAUCUGAUUUAUCCUUUGACAACUGUAAAGACAAAUCUAACAAUAGCUCAAAAAGUGAUGAUAUACCCCAAACUCUAACAGAAGAAGAUGUAAAUAGUUUUUUAAUAACCUCUUCAUGUGCUCCUAGUAUAAAAAAUCAAGAUGAUUUAAAGCUUCAAGAUAUGGAAAUUGAUAAUAAACCUGUUGAAUCCAUAAUGUCUGAAGACGAUGAUAAUAAAUCAGCUAAAAUACCCCCUGUUGAGCCUAAUGCAACUUAUAAGAGCAGCUUAAACAAAAUUCCAGCUAUAAUCCCAGCUACUAUACAAGAUCAACACCCUGAACUGAAAACUGGCAAUGUAAAACAGGAGCCAAUUCCUCACACAAAGUUAGCCAAGAUUCCCUUAAAAUCUAAUUUAACAGUUUUCGAUUUUUGUAUUGAAAAAAAUGUUAAAAAGGAAAGAGAUGUAAAAAAUGAAAUUGAUGAUUUUGUGGAUGUUGAGUCUUGUAAUGAUUCUGUUAUCCCAGUGCUUGAGGCAAACAAUUUAAAUUCUCUAUUAGAGCAAUUUGAAGCUACCGAAAAAUUAAAUAAGAAGAAAGAAAAAAUUGUUAAGUUAGAAACUACAGUUAAAUCUAAACCAAUAACAAGUUUAGCCAAUGGAAUGCGAUUACAGGAUGCUGGUGUCCAAUUGAACAAAAACAAAAUGCGGCAAAUUUUGAUGCCAUCAACAAUAAAUACUACAACAAGAAGAUCUCCAAGCCCUGUGCAUUCAGAUCAUGACUACUGUACCACUAAAAAACGGCACAGCCUUCCGAACAUAACAGGCGGUCGUAGUUUAUUAAAACCUGAGGUCUUGUCUAGUAAUAAUAAGAUCUUAAGUUCAAGGCACAGAUCUUGUAAGAACAAGAAGAUAGUGUAUCAUCAAAGUAGUGAUGAAGAAAGUGAAAAGUGCAAUGCUAGUAAGAAAAAAGUUGUAAACAAUCGUGCUAGUGAUGAUGAUAGUGACAUUAAAAAGAAAUGUAGUAGUAAAGAAACUUUAAAAGUAAAUGCAAACAUUAAUUCACGUAAGAAAGUAUCUCCCGUGCAUUUUAUUUCUAACUGUAGUGUGGAUAAAGAUAACGGUUCUGUGAUGGUGAAAAAUGCUUCUAAAGCAAGUGAUACUGCAAGUAGUCAAAAUUCUAAUGGUAGUCUUAAAUUAACUAUUAAAAAUAAGUGUGAAGUUAUAAUAAGACAUUGUAAUGCUAAGGAACUAGAUAAAACAAAAAGUAGUAUUGCUGAAAAAUCUCUUGUUAAUAAUGAUAGGGACAGUUUCGAGGAAACUAGAUUAGAGAAAUUCAAGCAUGCUAGUGAAAAAAGUCAUUGUGUUACUGAAAAAAUUAAACAAGCUAAUGAGAAAACGGAUAGAGUUGCCGAGCAAGUCAAAAAAGAACAUUCAAAGGCCGGCGAUGAUUUCUACGUUACUCUAUUCAAAGAUAAAAAAGAUGUACAAGUACCUCAAAAUGUAACGAAAAAUACGGGAAAACGAAUUCACGAAGACGUCGAUAAAGUUUCACAGGAAUCCACAAAUGGAACUGAACAUGAAAUACAGCCGCAAAAAAAGAAAAAGCUUAAUCUACAGGAAUAUAAAUUACGCCGAGAAAAUAAUAAUUCAAAUCAAAGUUCGGCGCAAGUGAGUCCAGAAGCAAUAUUCCCAGAAAUGCCAGGGAAUAUUAACUUGGAUAAAGCAAUUUCCACCAGUCCACAGGAUAUGCCGGCUGCUAUUAAACCUGUAAGUGAUGAGCAUAAUAAUAAAGCUACUGUCAGUUCUGAGACUUCUAAAAAGAUUUUCGACCCAAUUCGUGAGGCGUCUAGAAAAAUUCUUAUGAACACUAAGAAAUUAAAGGCCGAGGCUUUAAGAAAACGAGACGAAGAUUUUAUAAUGAGUAAGAUACCAAAAGUUGAAAACCUGGAAUUACAACCAUUAAUUAGUGAUGCAGAAAUGCUUAAAAUUGUUAGUAUGUCUUCUAAUCCAAUUAUUUCUAUACCGAUUCCGAAAUCGAAUGAAUUUUUUCAUCAGCCACCCAAAAACUAUGAUGAAAUUAUUGUGGUAAGUAUGGGCACUAAUACCGACGAAAAAGUUUUCAAGGUAACUGAAGCAAUACCUGAAAUAAAAAGACAUAAACCACUGUCUCCAGCAAAAGAGAAUAAGUCUACUAUAAACUUUAAAAUAAAGAAAUCUGACAAUAUCCUAAAACACAAUGUUUUCGAAUCCAUGAAAACUGAGCACAACCCUAAAGAAGAUCAAACUGCUGACAUAAAAAUAGAUGAAGAACGUUACAAAGGUAUAGCAGCUACCUUAAAAAGUGUAGGAAAACAAGUCGACACAAAGAUAUCUAGUAAUUCUCUCUUUGCAAGUAUACAAGACGUCGUAAUGAAAAAGGCUACAACUGUGCAUAAUACAAGCUCUCAUCCAGACCACAAACAAAAAUUAAUUACACCAGUACACAAAUUAGAAUUUGUAUACCCUAAACCUAUUAUUGUCCGGGACUAUGAUGAAAAUGCAGACCAUGGCGAGGACAAAAUCAUUCUUCAUUUAGAAAAAGGAAGAACUAAACCCGAAACGCGUGUUGCGACAGUUCAAACCGCUUGUACUGAAGUAUAUAAACAACUCACACUUGAAGUGACUGAACAAAAAACACCAAUAGAUCAAUCAAUAUCGCCACGAAAAAGGAACGAUAGUGACAUGUCAAUGUCUAGUGAGGGCAGCCCUGAAAGGAAGCUUCCUGUAUCAAAGACUGAAAAUAAGCGUCAAGACUUAAAACGCGAAAAAUCGCCGAUAAAAGAAAAACGUUCACGUUCAAAAGAUCGGCAUGAAAUGAAGUACAGACGCUCUAGAUCACAUUCUCGUGGACAUCGGCGACACAGAUCAAGAACUAGAACACGUUCAAGGUCCCGUGGACGAUACAAGAGGUACAGGCGAUCUGAUUCACCGUAUCGAAGAAAAAGACGUUCAAGGUCUCCUUAUAGAUCCCCGAUGCGUCGAGAAUAUCGUUCAGUUCGUUCUGGAUCGAGGUACGCAGAAACUAAAAGCUCAAUUGCUAAGAAAAGUCCACAAAAGAUCGAAAAAAAGACCAAAUCACUUACACCACCAAUUAGAAAACCAACUGUCUCUGAGAGUUCUGAUACAACUACUUCUUCCAGUUCCUCUUCGCGAUCCAAUACUAGUGGGUCUUCAUCGAACUCAAGAGGAGCAUCCAGCACGUUCCGAGGGAAUAACUCUAGGGCGACAGCUUUUAGGAAUUCUUACAGUUCUGAAGAUAGAGAGAGCAAUACGCCCGUUGAAGAAAGACGGAUAGUGUUUGUGGGAAGGUUAGAGCAGGACAUAACUAAGUCUUUGUUGCGGAGUCAAUUCUCCAAGUUCGGACCCGUUACUGAAGUCAGACUGCAUAGCAAAGAGGAUGGGUCUCGCUACGGUUUUGUAACCUACCAGCGACCAAGGGACGCGUGGACAGCCGUCGAGGCGGCCUCAUCAUUUCCUCAGUAUGAUGUUGGAUUUGGUGGUAGACGAGCAUUCUGCAGGCAGAGUUAUGCAGAUCUUGAUGGGCUUGAGGCAAAAUAUACAGAGAGUGCAUUUCACGGCCAGGCGUCCGCGCCCCCACCGCGCAGAAGUGAUGACAUGUCCUUCGAACAAAUGUUGCUAGAUAUAAAAAAGAAAUUGAACAAUCGUAAAGGAGACAAAAGAUUGGAAGAUGGCGCUUGACGAUUGCUUUCCGCUACCUUCCUUGUCUUUAAGACCUUAGCUAACUCCAUAUUGGUUUUAAUGUAAUUUUUGACUUUGGCAUGUCAUAGGUGAUCUGUCAAAUUGACAGUUGCACUUUCGAUGGUGACACGAAGUCGAACAGAAUGGGGCAUGUUUCUUUUGUUAAAAAGUGCUGAAACUUCUACAAUUGUAGGUAAUUAUUGUCAUGGACUACACUAUGUACGAAUGUGACAUUCACUAGAAUAAUGCUCUAGGAUUUGUUUGCGCGGUAAAGCUGUCAGUUUUGACGUUUUAUCAAUCGCGAUUUGUGCAAUCGUAAAGACAAAUUGUUUUAUUUUGCUCACUAUGUACCUACUUAGUUGAUCGUAGUACAUUUUUUAGACUGUGUAAUUAAUUUUAUUGUAAAUAGUUUAGUUUUAUGUAGCUUCGUUAACACUACCUCUUAUUUUUAUAGAAAGUUUGUACAGUCACAGUCAUAAGUGAAAUGAAAAGUGAAUACAUUGUUAAAGAUCCCAUUAACGCUGUCCUUUUGAGACUAAUCAUGUCUAGCCCAAAGUCUGGUUUGAAUCUCAAGGGAAACAUGUUUUGGUUCAAGGCUGGCAGUAUAUUUGACAGUUUUGGGGCUACUUUAAGCGCUCUAAAUUUACAAAAUACAUUUUCACUUAUGAUUGGUUUUACAUUUUUCAUAGACAAUAAUGUUGUUUUUGAUCAAAAACACUGACUAGAGCGGGAAAGCUUUCGAGUAUGUCUUCGAAAGUCAAUAUAAAUGUAAAUUGAAAGUUUUCCUGCUCGACCUAUAUCAAGUUUUAUAGAGGCUUAGUUUGAAAUCAUAAUAUGUACAUAAUUGCAGAAUCCAUCCAGUUUUAAGCUUCAGAUUUAUAUAGCAGGGAUUUUCAAUGCCGUUAUAACUUUAGCUUCAUGUACAUAGAACUGCGAUGAUAUUUUUAUACGAAAACACUAAAUGAAAUACAAUUUUUUAAAUAAAAACGCGUUUACUUAUUAAAAUAUUCCUAUAGUCACUGGUGACUUAAAAUUAGUAGGUGACAGUACUGGUUAAUGUAAGGUAGAAAUGGUUUUUAUUUGAUAAUGUUUUUCAUUUAAGUGUAUUAGUAGAUUUACAAAUAUUAAUUUUGGUCACAAGUUAUGAAUUAUAUUUGCAGAAAAUGCAUUUACAGCUUUGAAUCAUACAAUAGGUUUUGAAUUUGGAACCUUAAGAAGGAACGAUAAGAAAAAUAAGAUAAGAUUGGCGCAGGAGUCGUUUUUUGGUGAAAUAGUAUACGCAAACGGUAUAGGGAUAACCCUACCACGAAAUCUUGCCAAGCUUUUCAUACAGAAUUAUUAGUUCAUGACUUGUGAUGAUAAUAUAUAAUAAUGCAAUCAUCAAUGCAAAUUUACCUUUUAUAGGUUUUAUGAAAACUAGUUGUUGAAACAAAUAGAGUGCUAAAAUUUAAAAUGGUUUUGCAAAUGAAUUAUAUUCUAGCUUUUCUAUGCUUCCAUUUAAUCUGUGCCAAAUUUCUGUUCCUAAUCUGACUGAAUAGAUAUAAUCACAUUUUUAUAUGGCGCCCUGGACAAAAGUAUCAUGCGUCUACCUAGUACGAAAACGACUGCUUGAUUGUGAUUGGUUAAACGACGAACGAGAGACGCUUUUGAUCAAGCGCGAAACUUGACUUCAUUUCGUCUGUCGUUUUAUUCCCACCAUCUUGUUUGGUCACUGGUCACGUGACCAACGCCGAUACCCUAUAAUGUCUAAUUGCGAUAACGAUAGCCAGCCGGACGUUAAUAAUUGUCUUUUGGGGUAAUGCGGUACAAAACAAUGAAGGCAUGCUAUUAGCAGUUACAGAGUACCAGCGCAGUACCAUAUGAAUUCUAUUGGUGUGUAUUCACUUAUACCGUAAAAUACUUUUGUUUAUGGCUCAUAUUCACACGUUCGUUAUCUAUGGAGUUUAGAAUGCGGUUUUAAAUACAAACAACGGUUCGCGUCGUUUUGUGAUUGGUCAACAGCGACAGACGAAUCACAAUUAGGCUUUCGCAUACAAUUUUAAUUCCUGUAAUAUUUUAUAGAAAUUUAUGAAUACAUUAAUAUUCAAAAAAGGAAUUUCGUUGAACUACAUCUGCCAUUGUAACAGCAAUAAUCUAAGAGCGCACUUGGACUACAAAAUGUUUGCUGUUUAACCAUUUAAUCUUUUACUCAUAUAAAAACCACAGAGUACCUUAAUUUUUCAUUCACUUUUGCAAAUCGUUUUUCAAUAAAAAUGUGUUAUGAGUUCAUUAAAGGAGCAUUCUUGCACCGUGCUUAUGUGCCGUUAAAAAAUUGUAACAAAAAAAUAAUUUUAUUUUUUUUAUUUUUUUUAUUGUUUAAAAAUUGUAUUUGACAUUUCCCUCAACGCAAUAACGAUGCAGCUUUAGUGACGCCUUACCAUAUUUGAAAUUUUAUCUAAGUGCGCUCAGUUUCAAGCAAGUUUCAUUACUAACAAUGUGUACGGGCCUCCAGAUUCGGUUAUAAUUGUGUAUAUUAUACAUAGUAUAAGUGUUAUCCCUUUACCUCUUUACAUAUUUUAUACGUGAAUCCAAGUUUGCUGAGGAAAUUAAAAAUCAUACAGAUUAGGAAGUGAGGGAAUUUUCUAUGCUUUAUGAACGUAUCUAUAAAGUUACCCGAAUUAGAACAAGUUUUUGAAACAAAUAUAUAUAGUCCCUAAACUAGACCCUUUUCGACUGUAGUCACUUUGAGCAACGUUUUUUUACUUAAAGCGUGGUUACAACUUCAGAUUUUCUAUAGUCUAUUAAUCACUUGGGUUGAGAUUCAAAAUCUAUAGUUAGCGUUAAGUUUGUCAAAUAGUAUUGGAUUUUGAAAUAUGUCACACUUAGCGCUAAGCUAAAUCUUACCCUUUGAGCUCAAGCUCUCUGAUCAACAGAAUAGUUUUCUGUCGAUCUGUUUUUAGGUAAAUAACACCUAGUCACUACUACGAUAACUUCGUUGUGAUCAUAUUUAUUUCGUCUUUAAGUCACGUGUAGUUUCUUAAGUGAUAUCUUGUCAUCAAACCGCGAGACAAUACGUAAAGAUCUUUGUUUUUUAUUUAGUUUGCCACACAAUAACCUAAACAAAUGAAUAACUUUGAACAUACAAUAAAUCUUUGCUAUCUACGACAUAAGAAUCAAAUCUAGUCUCACAAUCUGUCAAAUCAUUUUUUCUAUGCAGUCCGACGUUGACAGAUCUCAGGAUAAAUGUGUGAAUCAGUUUGUAAUACGAAAUCCGACGUUUGUUAAAAUAGUACGUUUGCGCAUAUUUUUUUACCAUUGUAUGCUUUAAAAAAUUUUUUGUUAAAAAAUUAAAAAAGAAGCGCACAAGUUUUGUUGAACAAUUAUUUUAUAGAAAUAUAUUAGUAAUGGCAACACAUUUAUAAUUGACACUAAUCGUUACCACUAUAUAUUUUAUUAGUAACGCCACAUGUACGCAAAUAUUGGCGUAGCCACUAUCGAGCUUUUGUAGUAUAGUAUAAAAUAUAAUUACUCAAUACAUAUUAAACGGGUUUUGAAAACCAUAAAUACUCUAUUUGUGUAAAGAUAUUAUUGCGUAAAAAUAAUUUGAAUAUCUUAAACUGGCAACAUUUUAGUUUUAUCAUAUAGUGUGAACGGAAAGAGAACCGUCUUUUGAUUUGAAGUCGCUGCAGUGCUAACAAACCUUAUUUAACACUGUUACGUCAUUAUAGUACCACAUUUAUUAUCUGGAUAAUUAAUAGUCAAAAACUAAAGGUAUAUCUAUCUAUCUGUGAAUAAAAAUUAUAUUAGCAUAACCACCACGCCGGUUCCAUUUCCGCACAGACAAUGAAUUAUAUUUUUCAUUUUAGUCAUAAUUACAAGUCUGCUAUUAGCUUUAUUACUUAAAUGUAAAAAUAUGUAUGAUAUUUUUAUCUAAGACAGCUUAAAUAUACUUGAAGGUUACCAAAGCCAAACACAAAAACAGUAGCAACUCUCGUUUAAGAGAAGUCGCAUUGUAUUUGACUUAUACUGCUGAAUGUGUUUGUGUUUGGCGUACACAUUUUCUCACAGGAACAUACGUUGGAUAUAAAAGAAUCCAAAAACGUUAGAAAUGUCAAUUUGCUAAUAUUUUUAUCUAUUUAAUCACUGUUACGUCUUAAAUGACUAGGAUAAGUUUAGGAAUUGAUUCAGAACGAAUUAAAGUGUAAAUAGAUAUGUAUUUAGAUUUAGUACUUGUACAUUUGAAAGUCCAAUUUUAUGUUUAAAUUAGGUUACAUUUAAAAUCAUACAAUGUAAGUAAUAUAGACUCAGUGAGAAUGUUUUAUACGUAAAG